UUUUAGCUGCAUUACCGACUCAACGAAUUUCUUUGAGAUUCUGUCUUCGAUUCCUUGAGGUUACGAAACUUUACUUGGGCCAUAUUAUAACUCAAAAAUGGUUGACAAUAUUUCUGGUGUGGAUUCUGAUAAUUUUGACUGGGAUACUGAAGAUGAUCUGGAAAUUGAUAAUUAUGCCGUCUCCCCCCACUCUGAUUUGUCAAUUCCUUGUGGAGAAGCUGUUUUUGGCUUGGCAGAGGCAAGCACUUCUGGAAAGUCUCCCAGUUCCAAGAUAAUUGACCAAUUUGGUAGAAUGGGGUUCUCAAGAGAAAUGGUUGCCAAAGUGAUUGAAGAAAAAGGAGAGGAAAAUUCAAACUUGAUUCUUGAAACUCUCCUUGAGUACUCGGCAAGCACAUUACCUAGUUCUUCCAAUUCAAAGAUGAUCGAUCAUUUUGUAGGGAUGGGGUUUCCUGAAGAAAUAGUUGUGAAAGUGGUUCAGGAAAACGGGGAGGGACAUACAGAGUCCAUAUUGGAGACUCUGUUGACUUAUUCGGCUCUUGAAACAACUGUUCCCAUGCAACAAAAUGCCGACUCUGAUAACUUUUCAUCAGAUUACGAAGGGAGUUUACUGGAUGACUUCUCAGAUUUUGAUAGUUUUUCUGAGACUGAGGAAAUAAUGAGUCCUGCCUCCGAUGAGGAGAGAAAAUUGUUACACUUGACAAAAAUGGGGUACUCAGAAGCAGAGGCCUCAGUAGCCAUGGAGCGAUGUGGUCCGGACUCCACAAUUGCGGAGUUAACUGACUUUAUAUGUGUUGCACAAAUGGCAAAGGCUGCUGAUGUGCUUUUUCCACUUGAAGACAAGAAGCCGUUCUGCAAUGAGUCUAAUCACAAGAGGAGACGAAACUGGGAUUAUGAUUUAUUGAGAAGGAAGAAGAAGAUGAAGCUUGAAAAGAGGUUUGAUGAAGAUGAUGAUGAUGCAGUUCAUCUUCCUAAUCUAAUGAUUGGUUUUGGGGUCCCCACCGAAUCAGAGCAUACCACUAGAGUAAUUCCAGAGGCUGUUGUUGGGCCCCCAUAUUUCUACUACGAGAAUGUAGCACUUGCUCCGAAAGGGGUUUGGACCACCAUAUCACGCUUCUUAUAUGACGUGGAGCCUGAGUUUGUUGAUUCAAAGUUCUUUUCUGCUGCUGCAAGGAAGAGGGGUUAUGUUCAUAACCUACCAAUUGAGAAUAGAUUUCCCCUUGUUCCAUUCCCUCCACGUACUAUUAAUGAAGCUUUUCCACUAACAAGAAAAUGGUGGCCGUCAUGGGACACGAGAACCAAAUUGAACUGCUUGCAAACAUGUAUAGCAAGUGCAAGAUUGACGGAUAAGAUUCGCAAGGCUCUAGAAGAUUACGAUGGCGACCCACCAUUGGGAGUCCAAAAGUUUGUUCUCGAACAAUGCAGAAAGUGGAAUCUGGUGUGGGUUGGAAAGAAUAAGGUUGCUCCGCUUGAACCUGAUGAAGUGGAAAUGCUUUUGGGAUUCCCUAGAAACCACACAAGGGGAGGGGGAAUCAGUCGGACUGAUAGAUACAAAUCGCUUGGUAACUCAUUUCAGGUUGACACAGUGGCCUAUCACUUUUCGGUUUUAAAAGACAUGUUCCCUCGCGGUAUCAAUUUGUUGUCUCUUUUCUCUGGGAUAGGAGGUGCAGAGGUUGCCCUCCACCGACAUGGUGUCCCCUUGAAGAAUGUGGUAUCGGUGGAGAUAUCGGAAGUGAACCGAAAUAUUCUAAGGAGUUGGUGGGAACAAACCAGCCAGAGAGGGACAUUGAUUGAAAUCCCAGAUGUUCAAGAACUCAACGGGGACCGGUUGGAGCAUCUGAUUAAGACGUAUGGUGGAUUCGACCUUGUGGUGGGAGGGAGUCCGUGCAACAACCUUACAGGAAGCAAUAGAUAUCAUCGAGACGGACUUGAAGGUAAAGAUUCUGCCCUCUUCUUUGAUUAUUGUCGUAUACUGGACUUGGUGAAAUGUAUAAUGAAAGGCACCAGAUCAAUGACUGACUGAGUCAAAUUCCAUUUGAAGUUAUGUUGGAGAUUUUCCCUGAAACUCAUGUUAAUAUCAAAUAAAAAGGUUAUGAAGUUAUAAGUGGGAUACUUUUUUCCCC